AUGGCGGAGGAGCAGAGGUGGUACAGUACUGAGCCAGACCCCAACCGUGCGACAGCGGCGACUGCAGAACCGACGAUGGCCCCAACGCAGACCUCUGAGGUCGCCGCAGAGUCACUGGAGCCUGAGGGCUACGACAGCAAGUGCGUGUUCUGCCGGAUCGCGCGGGGGCAGGAACCGAGUACCGAACUUCUGCACUGUGAGAAUGAAGACCUAGUUUGCUUUAAAGAUAUCAAACCAGCAGCACCUCAUCAUUAUCUUGUAGUGCCAAAGAAGCAUAUUGGGAACUGCAACGAACUAAAGAAAGAUCAAGUAGAACUGGUUGAGAACUUGGUAGCUGCUGGAAAAGCCAUUCUUGAAAGAAAUAAUUUCACUGAUUUCAAAAAUCUGAGGAUGGGUUUCCAUAUGCCACCAUUCUGUUCCAUUUCCCACUUACACCUUCAUGUUCUAGCACCAGUGAAUCAGCUUGGCUUCUUAUCAAAAUUGAUUUAUAGAGUCAAUUCCUUCUGGUUUAUAACAGCUGAUUAUUUGAUUGAAAAACUAAGAACAUGA